GUGCCCCUUGGUCCCGGUGGCGGCCGUCGUGGCCGGAGGUCGUCCGGGACGAGUUCCCCUGGGCGCUCCCCCAUGGAGGAAGAGGUGCGCACGGCUGCAGCCCCGGAUGCUCGCACCUCCCACUGGACGGCGACGAAGGCGGUGGCCGCGAGAGCUGUGGAGGGGGUGGCCCGCGCGGCCUGUGUGGGGGUGUGAGCGGAGGUGACCGGGGCCGGAGAGUGGAGGGAAGCCGCGCCGCGGGCCUGCGAGCUGGGCUGGAGCUACUCUGCCAGGGCUUAAAACGUUAAAUGAGAAUAAAGGGUAUUAUUUAUGAGGAAAUGAGAGUGAAUAAGUCAUCUCUAAGCUUUUCCAGCCUUUUUUUCAUAAGAGAGACCAUAUUAAACUUACAUAUUUGAAGACUGCAUCUUCCUGCCUCCAGCACCAGCAGUUUCUCCUACUUGAUCAAUGUGAUUCACAGUAACUUUUUAAGUAACAAACGAAAUGAGCCAGGGGCGUGGAAAAUAUGACUUUUAUUUUGGUCUGGGUUUGGCUAUGAGCUCCAGCAUUUUCAUUGGAGGGAGUUUCAUUUUGAAAAAAAAAGGCCUUCUGCGACUUGCCAGAAAAGGCUCCAUGAGAGCAGGUCAAGGUGGCCAUGCAUAUCUUAAAGAAUGGUUGUGGUGGGCUGGACUGCUGUCAAUGGGAGCUGGCGAGGUGGCCAACUUUGCUGCGUAUGCCUUUGCACCAGCCACCCUGGUGACUCCAUUAGGAGCACUCAGUGUCCUAGUAAGUGCCAUUCUUUCUUCAUACUUUCUAAAUGAAAGACUGAAUCUUCAUGGAAAAAUUGGAUGUUUGCUAAGUAUUCUGGGAUCUACAGUUAUGGUUAUUCAUGCUCCAAAAGAAGAGGAAAUUGAGACUUUAAAUGAAAUGUCUCACAAGCUAGGAGAUCCAGGUUUUGUGGUCUUUGCAACGCUUGUUGUCGUGUCCUUGAUAUUAAUCUUUGUGGUGGGACCUCGCCAUGGACAGACAAACAUUCUUGUGUAUAUCACAAUCUGCUCUGUAAUUGGAGCAUUUUCAGUCUCCUGUGUUAAGGGGCUGGGCAUCGCUAUCAAAGAGCUGUUUGCUGGAAAGCCUGUGCUGCGACAUCCCCUGGCCUGGAUUCUGCUGCUGAGCCUUAUAGUCUGCGUGAGCACACAGAUUAAUUACCUGAACAGGGCCCUGGACAUAUUCAACACUUCCAUCGUUACUCCAAUAUAUUAUGUAUUCUUUACAACGUCAGUUUUAACUUGUUCAGCUAUUCUUUUUAAGGAGUGGCAAGAUAUGCCUGUUGAUGAUGUCAUUGGUACUCUGAGUGGCUUCUUUACAAUCAUUGUGGGAAUAUUCUUGUUGCAUGCCUUUAAAGACGUCAGCUUUAGUCUUGCAAGUCUGCCUGUGUCUUUUCGGAAAGACGAAAAAGCAGUGAAUGGCAGUCUCUCUAAUAUGUAUGAAGUUCUUAAUAAUAAUGAAGAGAGCUUAACCUGUGGAAUCGAACAACACACUGCUGAAAAUAUCUCCCGAAGAAAUGGAAAUCUGACAGCUUUUUAAUAAGAAAGAUGUAAUUAAAAAGGUUAAUCUAUAAUUGUGUUAUAAAGUGAAUUUGAGUA